CAUGAUGAAUACACCUGGAAGGGGGGAAGGGAUUGUUAGCAAUGGAGUUUGACAGCCCCAUUGCUAGCAAUAUGCCCUAUCAGGUCAACCUCCGCGUGGUUCCCCCUGGAAACCAUCGUGAACAAUUCUCGUUGAAUUCGUCACGAUGGGCUAACUGACCUGUGUCAUCCUCAUCUAUCAUCCUUCACUGGUGCCCUGCCGGUGUAUACCGAUAGCGCGGGUGGGGUUACUAUUUCAUUAUCACCCAUAAAAAAAAAAAUACACAUGGAAUUCAGUACAAUGGUUUCCAGAGCGACCACGUAGAGGUCGACCUCACCUAUAUAGUUAGCAAUGGGACUAUUACCCAUUACUAACAAUCCCUCCCCCUAAAAUUAUUAUAAUAAAUAUGAAAAUAAAAAUUACAUAAUUAAAAUGCACAUUGUUUAAACAUGCAUAGAUGUGUAAAAACUCUGGAAGAGAGAAAUUCCCUAACACAAGUAUUUAUAGCCCAUAUUUUUGAACUGUAGUAAAAAAUAUUAUUGUUUCAGCAUUUAAAUAUACAUAGCAUACCGGUCUUCUUUUUCGGAACAGAAAUGAGCCGGCGUUAAGUCAUUUGUACCUUUUUUUAGUUUUAUUAUUCCUUCAUACUUACAAUUUGCCGAUUUUAUUUGAGUCGGCCAUUUUGUUUUGUUUUUUUUUUGUACAUUCUCAGUAAUAAAUGAAAUAGGAUGAAAUAAAUUCACUAAAAUUCCAUUGUUUUUUUUUUUCUACCAAAAUGCAACUAUCCGGUCUGGUGGCGGCUUUGUGUACCAGGUAUAGAUUUAUUUACGAUACCAUGACUCGCCCCCCAAAAUACAAAGAAUUAAAAAUGUAUAAGUAAAAUAACCUUGUAGCUUUCGACCAUUUUUAAAUGAAAUCCAAUAUAUAUUUUAUUUUAAACAGACAUAGGCGUUCAUAGGCUACGGUAACCACUUACCAUCAGGUGGGCCGUAUGCUUGUUUGCCACCUUAUUGCCAACCAGUCUACACUAUUCGUACUUUACAACAACCUACAACGCUUAAGCAAGUUUUAAAUACAUACAAAUCUCUUUUUGAUGAUCAAUUGGGUAAAGUCAAGAACUAUGAAGUGAAUAUUCAUAUUAAACCUGGUACACAACCUAAACACCUUCCUCCUAGACCUGUCAAGUUCUCUUUGAAAAAGAAUAUCGAAAUAGAAUUGAAGCGGCUCGUGGAUACUGGUAUAGUAACUGAAGUAGAUCCUAAUAUAACUCCUGUCGAAUGGGCAACGCCUACUGUCAAUGUGAUAAAGACUAAUGGCCAAGGACUCGACGGAAUCUGCCUAAGUUAUGUAACAACCGUCUAGUACGUUGGGCCCUUCUGAUUGGCAGCUAUAACUACGAUGUUGUAUUUACAAAAGGCAAACUUAACGUCAUGGCCGACUAUCUCUCACGAAUGCCCAACCCUCACAAAAAACCCUCAUUAUCAGAAGUUUUGAUUCAUAAAAUAGACACACGUCACCAAAUGGGUAAGCUACAUGACCUACCUAUAUCUGACAUUCUGAGAAACGAAGUUAAGAAAGAUCCUAUUGUUAAAAAAGUCAAUGAAUUUUUAAAAACUGGUUGGCGCCUAGAUAAUUUGUCAGAAGAAUUGAGACCAUAUUUACGAAAACGUUGUGAGUUACCAUUAGAAGACAAAAUUCUGAUGUGGCAUGGUCGUAUUGUUGUGCCCUAUUCAUUGAGGAACUCUGUAAUGAAAUUUCUUCACAAAGGGCAUCCAGGAAUAUCUGCCAUGAGAGCUCUGGCUCGUCAUUAUGUUUGGUGGCCUUCAAUCGAUGAGGAUAUUGACAUGUGGGUUAAAAGAUGCAGCAAUUGUCAAGAAAACCGCCCUAACAUAACAGAGUUACCGGUUUACUCGUGGUCUAUCCCUGAUGAUCCAUGGGAGAGGGUUCACGUUGAUUUUGCGGGUCCUUUUGAAGGCAAAUUUUGGUUAGUGCUCUGUGACGCACUAUCUAAAUGGAUUGAAAUUAAACCAAUGUCUACGAUUACUACAACUAAGCUAUGCAAUGAACUAGAUACAAGUUUCACUUCUUUUAGUCUCCCACAAAUUAUAGUCUCGGACAAUGGCCCUCAAUUUACAUCUCAACAAUUUCAGGAAUACUGCAAAUGCAACGGUAUUAGACACGUUAAGUCAUCGCCUUAUCAUCCUAGGACGAAUAGUUUAGCAGAAAGGCUAGUUCGAACUUUAAAAACCAGAAUGUCAGCUAGUACAUGUGAUGAGUUAAGUUCAAAAAAACGUUUGGAAAACUUUCUAUUCACCUAUAGAAUUACGCCUAGAACUGAUACCGGUAAAUCACCAGCAGAAAUUCUAUUAGGGCGGCAACUACGUUGUCUUUUAGACAACAUUAAACCUAAUCCUAGAAGAUCCCUUCGCUACAGACAAUUUCAAGCUAACAUAGAACACGACAAGGAAAUGUUUUAUAAUCCGGGAGAAAAUGUCUAUGUACGUUCUAGAGAUGAUAAGUAUUGGAAACCUGCCACAGUAACCCGACGCACACACCGUUAUUCUUACUUAAUUAAUACCCCUGUUGGAAUGAAAAAGUUCCAUGCUGAUCAGAUAAGGAAGCAAAUCAUUGAAGAACAUUUAUCUCCACCUAAUAAUACUCAAGAUAGCCAAGGCAUGCAACAAAAUAUACCAACAUGUUCAAAAGAAAGAAAUUUACCCUUAGCUUCAACACAGCCAGUUGUUCAAGCUCAAUUUGAAAUAAUACCCAUGAGGUGCAACGACAAAACGCCGAAGUACUCAACUAAGAUGGCAUUUAAACCUAACGUUCUUGAAAGGAGUAGUUUACCACCUACAGUCGAAGGGUAAACACGUAGUAGUGGUACAUCCGCAAUUGACGAAAGACGUAGUAGGCGAGUUGUCAAACCACCCCGACGUCUUAUCGCAGAGAUGUCCUAGUCUUGUUAGGGGUGGACGAAUGUUAUAAACUCUUUGCUACUGUUUUCUAAAUGUAUGUUUUUAUGACGUGCAUUGUCAUUGUAUUAUUAAAGAUUACGU